AUGAUUAGUGAUAAUAAUAAUUUAACUGUAAAAGAAGAUGAAAUUAAUGAUUUAUCAAUAUCAAAUAAUAAAAUAACGAAUAAUGAAUUAUUUAAAUCAGCAAAUCGAAGAAAACAAUUUAAACCAAAUCGUGUUACAAAUGAGGACGAAGAGGCGAUUCCUCAACAAGAAUUAACUACUGAUUUAACAAAAGAAUAUAUUACAACUCCUCCUGCUACUACUACUACUACUACUAGCAAUAACAAUAAUCCUCGACAACAACAAGAAGCUUAUUGUAAUUUAUGUGAACGUUCAUUUUGUAAUAAAUAUUUUCUUAAAACACAUUUUGCUAAAAAACAUGGAGGAUUAAAUAUGGUUUCACCAUUAUCAUUAACAGAAACAAAUGAUAAUGUUAAUGUAUCUUUGUCUCCACCAUCACCAUGUUUAUCAAAUGAACAAUCAAUAUCUUUAAUGACUAAUCAACAAUCAUCUCCUAUUAAUAAUACUAAAAUACCGGAAAAAACUAGUGAAGAUUAUUGUGAAAUUUGUCAAAAACAUUUUUGUAAUAAAUAUUAUCUUCGUAAACAUAAAGGUGAAUGUCAUGGUGUUUAUACAGAUUAUAUAAAAUCUUUACAAAAAAGUACGAAUGAAAGUCCAAUUAAAACAAAUUCAAAUCGAUCAUCGUCUAUUCAAAUUCCAUCAAAUUCUUCAAAUACACUUUUAUUAAAUCCAUUUUAUCCAGGCCCAUCAGAUAUUAAAAGUCUUUUUCCUAUUCCGUCAUCACCUAAUAUAACUAUUAAAUCAUCAAUGUCACCAAAAACUUCGACACAACGGCCAGUUCGUCGUUGUAAUAUAUGUGAACAAGAAUUUCGUAAUAAAUCACUUUUUCGUAUGCAUAUGAAUACAUUUCAUCCGAAUGAAAAAAAUAAAAAAAUUGUAUCAACACCAUCACCAAUAUUAUCAUCGAAUAAUCUUGGAUUUUUACCACCAUUUGUUGAUACAAGUAGUCAACUUGCUCAAAAAUUAGCUACUGGCCAAACAUCUCAAACAUCUUAUGGAAUUGUUAAUGAUUCAUUUUUUUCGGCGAAAAUGGCUGAUAGAGUUGUAUGUGAAAUAUGCAAUAAACAAGUUUGUAAUAAAUAUUUCCUCAAAACUCAUAAAGCUAAAGUACAUGGUAUAACAAAUAAUGAAACAACGGAACAAUUAAAUGAAAAUAUUGAUAAUUCAGAUAGUUAUUGUUCAUUAUGUAAAAAAGAUUUCUCAGCAAAAUAUUUAUAUUUAUUUCAUAUGCAAACAAUACAUAAUGAUACAUCGGAUCCAGCCUAUCAAACAUUAAUACAAUUUAUGAAAACAGCAUCAUCAAUGAAUGAAAAUGCGAAUCCAUUUUUAUCACUUGCAAAUUCCGAACAGUUAGAUGAUGAGUCUGAUGGAAAUAUUGAUCAAUUAAAACGUAAAAGAAGUUUAAGUCAAUCAUCAACAGAUAAUAAUAAUACAACUAAACGAUUAAAUUCUUCUUCCGGAGAAACAAAUGCUGGUCUACAACCGUUUUUACUUGAAAGUGAAGAUCCAAAAUUUUCUCAUACAUUUGUACCAUGUAUGGUUUAUUUACCUGUUGUUCGACGAGUCACUAAACAAGUCAAAAUUAAUUUAAGAUUAAAACCUGUUUUAGCUGAUACUUCUGCAUGA